AUGUGUGAGUGCAUAUUGGGUGGACUUCUUCGCAGCGGGGAGUACGCGGCGAAAUCCAUCGCGGUAUAUAACCGCACAGAAGCUAAUGUACAGCGGCUUUGUACACAGUACGGUGUGCGGGCCGGUGAAAACGCCUCACAAGUGGCUGCCAAUGCAAAGAUUGUACUUAUUGGCGUAAAACCAUAUUCGGUGUGUCCCGUACUGGAGUCUAUUCGGAAUUCACUAAAGCCAGACACCAUUGUUGUCUCUGUUGCAGCGGCUAUUACGAUUGCGGCGAUGGAGAGGGCGGUGGGGCAUCCGUGUAAAAUUGUUCGUACGAUGCCAAAUGUACCUACACGUGUAGGAGCGGGUCUCACAUCCAUUACACCAAACAGUUAUGUUACCCCAGAAGAGACGGCGUCUGUUGUGAAGAUGUUCAACACUGUAGGGAAAACAGUGGAGGUGACGGAAUCCCAAAUCCAUGCGGUGAUUGGAGUGGCCGGCUCAUCUCCUGCGUAUGUGUUUAUGUUCAUGGAGGCAAUGGCAGAUGCCGCCGUGCACGGUGGACUCCCACGCGCGCAGGCUUAUGAGUUGGCCGCACAGGCGGUGCUUGGCUCUGCGAAGUUAUUACAACAACAACGAGAGGAGAAUAGUAGUGUCUCUCCAGCACAGUUGAAGGAUAUGGUCUGUUCACCCGGUGGGACUACCAUUGAGGCCGUCCGUUCAUUAGAGAAGGGUGGAUUACGUUCUACCGUUAUUGAGGCGAUGAUAGCAUGCAUGGACAAAUCGAAAGAAUUGGAAGCCAAACUUAACUAA